CGCAGCUGCGACACGUCCGACGCCACUGACGGAGGUACGGGCACGAGGAGGAGCGCUCACUCUGAGCGCGUUUCAACUGAUGGAUGACGUCACUUCCGUUGACUGACAGCACGCUCAGUAUGGAAGCGUCUUCACUGAUCACCUGACUGGCAGGUGCUUUUUUGCCACGCCCCCUUUCGCUGACCACUGGAGUUUGCCCAGAGCAGCACUGCGCAUGCGCAGUUCCACUGGCCCGUCUCCGCCUGGUCUCACUUUGUGUGUGUGUGUUCGCUCCUGAUGGCUGCUGUGGCGGAAUCUCCUCUGUACCUGGGCCUGGACUUCAGCACGCAGCAGCUGAAGGCAGCAGCCAUCAAUGAGGACUUGGACGUCGUCCACCAGAGCUGCGUCCACUUUGACUCUGAGCUGUCUUCCUACAGGACUCAGGGAGGAGUCCAUCUUCAUGCUGAUGGACUGACCGUCACCUCUCCUGUCCUCAUGUGGGUCGAGGCUCUUGACCUGCUGUUGGACAAAAUGAAGAACGCCGGCUUUGAUUUCUCUCGUGUACGAGCGCUGUCGGGGAGCGGUCAGCAACAUGGCAGUGUGUUCUGGAGAAAAGGAGCGUCUGAGACCCUGAAACACCUGGACCCCCAGCAGGACCUGGUGCACCUGCUGCAGCGCAGCUUCUCGGUGGCAGACAGUCCGGUCUGGAUGGACUGCAGCUCGUCGCGGCAGUGCUCCGCCCUGCAGCAGGCAGCAGGGGGCGCCGUGCGCCUGGCCGAGGUCACCGGCUCCAGAGCCUACGAGCGCUUCACAGGGAACCAGAUCGCCAAACUGCGUGCGAGCCGAGCCGAGGACUUCCAGGACACUGAGAGGAUCUCGCUGGUCAGCAGUUUCGCCGCCUCGCUCUUCCUCGGUCGCUACGCCGCCAUCGACCUGAGCGACGGCUCCGGGAUGAACCUGUUGGACAUCAGGACCAGGAGCUGGUCUGAGAUCUGCCUGGAAGCCACCGCCCCCCAUCUGGACCUCCUGCUGGGACGGCCUGUGCCGUCCUCGUCUGUGUUGGGUCCGGUCUCUCCCUAUUUCGUUCAGCGGUUCGGUUUCUCUGAGAGCUGCAGUGUGGUGGCGUUCACUGGAGACAACCCCGCGUCUCUGGCAGGAAUGAGGCUGCAGCCGGGAGACAUCGCCGUGAGUCUGGGGACCAGUGACACAGUCUUCCUGUGGAUCCAGGAUCCCCGUCCUGCUCUGGAAGGUCACAUCUUCUGUAACCCGGUGGACUGGAAGGCCUACAUGGCUCUGCUGUGCUUCAAGAACGGCUCCCUGACCAGAGAACGCGUCAGGGACCGAAGCGCUGGGGGAUCGUGGGACGAGUUCUCUGCGUCUCUGAGAGACACGCCGCUGGGGAACGAGGGGAACGUCGGCUUUUAUUUUGACACCAUGGAGAUCACUCCUCCAGCGGUCGGAGUCCAUCGCUUCGAUGCCGACGACAACCAGGUGUCGUCCUUCAGUCCUCAGCAGGAGGUCCGGGCUCUGGUGGAGGGACAGUUUCUGUCCAGGAGGCUUCAUGCUGAGAGGCUCGGUUAUUCAGUCAUUCCAGGAACCAGAGUUUUGGCCACAGGCGGAGCUUCAUCCAAUAAAGACAUUCUGCAGGUUCUGUCCGACGUCUUCAACGCUCCGGUCUACACCCUGGACGUGUCCAACUCCGCCUGUCUGGGCUCCGCCUACAGAGCUCUGCAUGGUCUGCAGGCUGGGUCUGGAGUCUCGUUCUCCGAGGUGGUGAAGAACGCCCCGGAUCCGCAGCUGCUGGUCUCCCCCAAUCCUGCAGCCCAGCAGGUGUACCAGCAGUUGCUGAGGCGCUACGCUGGAUUGGAGGAGAGAGUCCUUCGAGGUCCCGCCUCCUGAACCUCAGCAGCCAAUCAGCUUUCUCCUUUUCCUGAGAAAGAAAUCAGCUCUGGUUCUCAUGAGAUCAAAAAAAUAAAAGAA